CAUUUCCUGAGAACUGUGAGAGCUCAGCAGCUGAGCGACAGAAGGGGAGGGAGCUGUGCACACAGAGAGAGAGAGAGAGAGAGAGAGAGAGAGAGAGAGAGAGAGAGAGAGAGAGAGAGAGAGAGAGAGAGGGGAGCGAGAGAUCGGACUGGAGAAGAGAACUGUUUUCUACGGCUCUGCAGCUUCUGACAAGACGACCCGAGAACAGGAUGUUAAUGCUUGAUGGAAUGCCUGCAGUCCGAGUCAAAGCCGAGCCCCUGGAAUCGGAACAAGGGUCCCCCAAAGUACACCGAUACCCCACGAUGGACGCGGUCCCCCUCCUCCUGAGCAAAGUCAAAUCUGAACCUCCUGAGGACCUGCUCUCCCAUGACCCCCAUUUCCAGACGCAGACCGAGCCUGUCGACCUGUCAAUCAACAAACCACGCCCCUCCCCCCCAUCAAUCACCUCCACCGCUUCUCCUGUCACUUCCGCUUUCUCUCCGUCCUCCAUUUCUUCUUUAUCAUCAUCAUCCUCCUCUCCGUCUGUCAUCACAUCUGCCUCAUCUGUGCUCACACCCGGGCCCCUGGUGGCCCCUGGAGCCGGUGUCCAGGGUCAUCAUCAUCAUCAGCAGCAGUUUUUGCACAUCCUGCACCCUGUGCCUCCACCACCCUCCAGCCCCUUGAACCUGGGAGGGGUACAGGGCAUAGGAGGAGGAGUAGGGGGAAAGAUGGAGGCCCACCACCUGCAUCGUAUCCCUGUAGUGGUACAGUCAUUGCCCCUCAUGUACACCACAGCCGUGCGCUCGCCCUCCAGCCUCCACAACAAUGCCAUCAUGCUACCUCUGCUGGACAAUCAUAAGAGCCACCAUAGCAAAGCAUACACAGACCACAACAGCUUGUCGCCGCGGCACAUCAAGAGUGACAGUGACGAUGAUGACCUGCCCAAUGUCACCCUAGACAGUGUCAUCGAGACCGGAUCUACCGCUCUGUCUAUAGCACGCGCCGUACAGGAUUCCAUGUCACCAUUCAGUAUUGAGAGCAUACGGCGCCCUCAGAGGUCAGAGUCGCCAGACUCCAAGAAGAGACGCAUCCACAGGUGUGACUUUGAGGGCUGCAAUAAGGUCUACACCAAGAGCUCCCAUCUAAAAGCACACCGGAGGACGCACACAGGUGAGAAGCCAUACAAAUGCACCUGGGAUGGCUGCACGUGGAAGUUCGCCCGCUCUGACGAGCUGACUCGCCACUACCGGAAACACACAGGCAUCAAGCCCUUCAAGUGUGCAGACUGUGACCGCAGCUUCUCCCGUUCGGACCACCUGGCCCUGCACCGACGGAGACACAUGCUGGUGUGAGACAGUUUCAGGGUGACGAUGUCAUCAGAUGAAGCAGAAACACACAUUUACACACACACACACACACACAUAUCGCCGCAGGGGGGAGCGGGGUCUCUCCCUCAAUGUGGUUCAGCUGGACUGGACACACACUGUUGUCUUUCCGUGAGGCAGUGGGAAGAGCGGAGCGAAAAGCACAGAAUGGUGUCUGUCUGUCCACAGAGCAAAACAAAAACAGGGUCGGUUCUGGAUCCUCACUGACUGAGGAGGGUUGGAACCGGAGAAGGCUCUUUAGUGGUCAUUUUGGAGUUUUUACGACAAUCUGUCUUUUUUCCUAGCACUGUUCUUAAAUGGUUUCACUUCUGAGUUUUUUUGGAGGGAUGUUCUUCGUUCAUUUGGAAGGAAUUUGGUGUCUUUGUUUUGGUUAUAUUGUUCAAAAUGGCUGCUUUUCUAGCGUCUAUAAUGUGAAAGAACUCUAUGGAUUGGAUGGCUGGAUGACUGGAUGGAAGGGCUGUAUGCAUGUGUUUUGAAGCAUAGGGCCUUGGAUUGGACAAUGGAAUUAAAAGACACAGAUUCCAAUUUGCCUAUGGAAAGUAUUGUUGCACAGUUCCCGCCGUAUAGUAGCUUCCUGCAUCUCUGUGUUUCAGGACAACCCGUCACCAGAGGGUGCCAUCCACACAUAGGUUGUACCUAUAAAAACUGGUUUGAGUGUUCUAGAAUCAGUAUUGAAGAACACGUUCUAGUACCAGUGUUCUAGAUUAAGAAGCAUCCGGAGCAUCUCAAUGUACCAGUGAUAUAGAUGCAGAGUUGUUUUUGCUAUUUGUUUUGUUUUUCAUUCAAUGCAUCUUGUUAACACACGAGAUCGACCCAACCACAUUGAGGCUCAUCACCUUGAGCCUCUUCUGAACUUUUUCUUUAAAAAACUUUAUUGGUGCAUUUUGUGCAGUGAUUAGCAAUCAGUAAAGUGCAAUCUCAUUGGGUAAAUAUAGUUUUAAUAUGGAGACUUUUAUUGUUUUCAGUUUAUUGUAUCUUGCUGUGUAUGCCUGCUUUUGAUACAUUUCACAAAGAAACAUCAAUCCACACCCCAAUGUACAAUGAAAAAUCUAAUGAACAUAACCGGUAUGUGAAAACAACUUUGAAGCACCUUACAGAUUCACACAUAUGAUGAUUCCAUAAUAUUCAAGGAUUUUGUUUCAUAUCCCUGGUAUUUUCAGUGAAAGGGAUUGGCAUUGUGAUCAUCUGUGUGUUAGUAGUCUAUAGGUAAAGCAUAUUUGCUUCAGUUCAGAGGGCUUACUCGGUUACUCUAGUUCAAUUGGAAAGCAAUACAUUCAGAACAGGGAAAUGUUGUUCUUGUAUCCUUGUUCUGGUUGCUGAUACCCAAAAUGACCCUAAAUUCCUCUGUUACAGAUAUAUUUCUACCAGUGCCACUUCAUACUCUAUAGUACAAAUUUCUAUAUUUCUACUGGGUUUGUAACUACAGCACAAAGAUUCUAGGCAAGCUCACUGUAAACAGUUUGGAAAAUGUCACAUUAAGGAUGGGCGGUUGAGGAGGAACAGGUUUUUAAAAAUGUAUUCAUGAACAGUUUGUGAAACUUGGAACAAAAUCUCCCCUUCUCUUUUCUACAUACUGUAGUACACGAUGCACACAGACAGUUGGCCCUGUAGCUUUGUCUGGCGGUUUGCGAGAGAGCGGUGUCUUUUUUAGUCAUACAUACACCAAACAUGAUGUGAGGUUUUCAGAUCCAGCUUCAGGUCUACCUUUCCUUGCAAUUUGUCUUGCAUGUCCCUCAAUGACAGAUAUCCAUAAUACGGUUUCUACUGUCUCAUCUACCAUAUCUCAGAGUAAAAGGUUAUUCAACACAGUAAAACCACAUUUUGAUCAGUCUCUGUACAUGGAUCAAAAAGAGAUCUAUGGCAAUAUAGAGAUUUUUAUAUAGCCGUAGAUUUACAGCUGUAGGCUGCCUUACAAAUGUAUUCGGACCCCUUGGAUUUCUUCAAAUUUAUUGUGUUACAAAGUCGAAUUAAAAUGGAUUUAAUUGCAUUUUUUUUGUCAACCGUAUACAUACAAAACUCUGUAAUGUCAUUUUUUUUAUUAAUAAAAUAUAGUCAUUUCAUAAAUGUUCAGACCCUUUUGUUUAGGCAAGCCUAAAUUAGUUCAAGAGUAGAGUUUGGCUUAACUAAUCACAUGUAUAUGGACUCACUCUAUGUGAAAUAAUAGGGUUUGACAUGAUUUCUAAAGGACUAACCCUUCCUCUGUCCCCCAUACAACAUCUGUAAGGUCCCUCAGACAAGUAUUGUAUUUAAAGCACAUAGUCAACUACAAAGUCCAGGAAGAUUUUCGAAAGCCUCAUUUGUAGGUGGGUAAUAAUAACAAAUCAGACAUGGACUAGCUCUUUAAGCAUGGUCUAGUUCAUAAUUAUGCUGUGCAUCAUGUAUUAAACCACCUAGGCACCCCAAAGAAAAAGUAAUUAUUCUGAACUGAGCUGCAGGAUGUGAAUGAAACUACUCAGGUAUCUAACCAUCAGACCAUUGUGGAUUUUAAAACAGCUACAGAGUUUAAUGGCUGUGAUGGGAGAGAACUGAGGAUGGAUCAAAUAAAAUUGUAUUGGUCACAUACACAUAUUUAGCAGAUGAUCAACAAAUAAUGACCUAAAUGAUAGAGUGAAAAGAUUAACACAAAUAUACAAAAUAAUAUAAUACUUGAAUAAAACACGGCAAAUGAAUACAGUUUUUGGCCUAAAUGCAAAGCCCUAUUUUGGGGCAAAUCCAACACAUCACUGAGUAACUGUCUCCUUAUUUUCAAGCUUGGUAGUGGCUGAAUCAUGGGAUAGGGCUAUAGAAAGAAAUGGGAUAGGGCUAUACACAGUCAAAAUCCUGGAGCAAAACCUUCUUCAGUCUGCUUUACACCAGACACUGGAAUGCACCUUUCAGCAGCACAAAAACCUACAACACAAGGCCAAAUCUACACUGGAGUUGCUUACCAAGAAAACAGUGUUUAUUCCUAAGUGGCCAAGUCACAGUUUUGACUUUAAUCUACUUGAAAUAGUAAGGCAUGACUUGAAAAUUGCUUUUUGAACAUAAUAAUUGGCAAAUAUUGCACAAUCCAGGUGUGCAUAGCUCUUAGAGACUUACCCAAGAAGACUCGCAGCUGUAGUUGUUGUCAAAUGUGUUUUUUAUGGACUCAGGGAGCUGAAUACAUACGCAAUGACUAUAUUUCCUUUAUUUCUUUUGAACAAUAAAAUAAAUAAAUAUAUGUAUCUUCCACUUUGACAUUACAGAGUAUUUUGUGUAGAUUGUUGAGACAAUAAAAUCCAAGGGAUCUCAAUACUUUUGAAAGGCACUGUAACUGGGGUAUUAUAAAAAUAAAAAUAUGGCUCAACUUCUAUUUAGUCUUAGCUAUGACAUCAACCACUUAUGUUUUGCAGGUUGUUUGACGUCAACUUUAAAUUACCAAUUUAUCCAGCCGGUUGGAAAUAGAUGCCUAUGGACAUACAAAUAACACUACAUAAAUCUUUCUGAGAUACAUGAAAGCAAUAUUGUCAGCUUUUCCUAUCAGCGAAUUUAUCAGAUUUCACUUUUUGCAAUUACGUGACACAGAUCUGAUGGUGUUUAUCAUUAUCAAAGCCGUUCAUAACAGAAUCCCACAUGUAUGAUAACUGUAUUAGUUCAAAGUAUUUUUACAACUUGCAUUUUAUACACAGAGGUUUUAGCUGGAUCCCCGCUUACAGUUUCAGGAGCACAUUUCAGAAGGACAGAAUAUGCUCAGUGACUUUAAUAACACACACAGACACACCAGCGUAGUGGUCCUGUACUAGAAUUCAAAACCACAUCCUUACCUGAAACAAAAAUGUAUUUUGCAGAAACAUGCCCAAUUUGUCUCUUUCCCUUUUGGUAUUAUGAAGUAUUAUAAUGUAUGUCAUAUUAUGUUGCUACAGUAUAUGUUGUUUGUGUACAUGUGAAUAUUUACAAUUGUAUUGCCUUUUUUGGCUCAAGCAUAUCAUCAGCACCUUGUUUGUUAUGAAGUAUAGUUUUUAAAUGAAUUCAUUUGAAAUGUUAAAUCCAUUGAUACAUAUUAAUAAUUAUCAACAUGUUUUAUUAUUCAUAUACUGUACUUUUCUGAAAUGAGGGGCACUUCAUCUUGCAUAUAACAAUUUUCUGUAAAUAUAUAUAUAUAUUGAAAUUUUGUAAAAUAUGUGAUAGUGGAAAUAAAUAAAAAGUAUAACUCAGUUCUACAGUCUGUAUAUACAUAAAAAAAAUAGGGCUUUUCAUUAUUAGACAAUAGCAAAUACAUUUAUACAUGUAAAGUCUUUUUCAGAGACACUCAUUUAUCUGAUUUGAUAUACAGUACAAUGGAGCUAUUGAUAAUAAACAAUGUUGUUAUCUAAAAUACUCAUAUAAAUGAUCAAACGUGGUGUCAGAAAUUUGCCAUUUAGCAUUUUGGUUUGUGAUUGUUUUCUUUCUCAAAACAAGAGAAGGUUUCCAUAUAAAUAUUGUCAAACAUUUUAUCAGAUAACUGCUGUAUAGAUCAAACACAAAUACGUUAUUCUCCCCCCAGCCAUGUUCAAUUGAACAAUCUUACAAUUAGAAGUGCAGAUUCAUAUCAACAUUAUAUCAAACUAUUUUAUUCAGGGUUUAAUUCACAAUAGCAUAGUUAUUUUUUUUAUUUUUUAACUUCACUUGAAAGUUAACUAAUAUUUUGCAAGUGUACACAGAGGCUUAUUGUAUGCAUGCAAUACCACUCCCCUUUAGCAUUAUGAAAACCUUUUACAAGCAUCCUUUUGUAAUGGUAAGCAGGGUCAAACUUAUGCAAUAAUGAAUAGUGCCUCCUAUCACAGCAAAUCUCUGAAAAGCAUCCACUUCAAAACUAUUUCACAACUAUAGCAUCCACUUGAAACUAUAUGUCAUAUUAAUUCAAAUAAUAGACCUUUGAAUUGAUACUCAGCCAGAGAAGUAUUCGUAAAAAAUAAAAGCACAUCAACUCUGAAACCAUUAUGCAAACAGGCCACCUCCCAUUUUCAGUUUAUAUUCAAUGCACUGAGCCUUACCACAUUGUUUCAAUACAGUAUCCCCAUACCAGCCUUUUACAUGCUGUAUUAAUCUCCCAUGGAAGCUGAAUAUGAUUUGCAUGGAUGCAUUUUCUUGAAAACCUCGCUUAAAGAAUUGAAUUAUUUUAUCGUCAUCAUUUGGGUUUUGACCUCUCUGAUACUGGUUAUUUGUGCAACUACUUUCAUUUUUUCAUAAUCAUAUUGCAGCAUGCAAAAGCACAGAAGAGCCAUUUGAUAUAACUGAUUUUACACAGUGUUGAAUGUAUUGUGGUUCACAGGGAAAGCUCUAUUGAAUGUGUAAAAGCCGGAAUACCAACCCUUGGGGAGCACCCUGUGAAAUAAUUUUGAUUACACUUAUAUCUGUAUGCGUUCAAUAUUAAUUUAAUUUCUGUUUAAAUUAUGUGUUUCUUUUAUCUGCUUUUGAAUAAUUAUUUAGUGAUGCGAAUGCCUUUGUUUCAAGCUUACUGCUAUUAUGUACAGUAAUUGUUGUUCCUGUAUUUAUGUAUAGUGCCUGUAUUGUAAAUUUAUUCAGAGCUUUUCAUUCUUACAGUAAAGUUGAGUUACUGCCCCACAAUGUUUCAAAGGGAGACCCUAGUUCAAGGAAUUCUACGAACAGAUUUGGAAUCCCAAUGUUUUUCAAAGGUAGAAAUAACAAGUGUUUUUCUCAUUCUUUUUCUUUCUUCUGUUCUUUCUUUUCUGUUCUUCAAAAGUUGUCUAAAUAUUCUGUCAAUAUUCUUGAUAUGGAUGGAGCUGUGAAAUGAAACCGAGUUCAAACAUAAUGUAUAUUAAUAUGAACUGAGGCAUGAAGGUUAAUAAAGUUACAUUUUGUAUGUAA